AUGCCGCGCCCGACUCCUGUGCCCAUCGCCGCUGCCCGCCCCAAGAAGCAGCACAAGCCGUCGCCCGGCAAAGAGAACCACGUCGCGGGCAAGCCUGUAUCUUCUACAGUGGGCCCCGUCGCCAAUAUCCGCACACGAAGAGAGCGGCCCUGCGACGCCUGUCGCCGGAGGAAAAGUCGCUGUGUGAUACACGAGGGCGCCGUGCUCUGCGUGCUGUGCGAAUUCCACAAGCAGGAGUGCACCUUUGUGCAAAGUCCGCUGCCACGGAAGAGGAAGGUCGUCGACGGCGAGAAGAAGGACUCGCCUAGUGCUCAGAAGAAGAGGUAUCCGGUUGAUGCAGAGCCGCCCCCACUAGCGCUGCCGACGCCCACGAUAACUGCCACCGCGCCAAGUCCACCGCAUCAGUCCCCAUUGGGCAGCGUGCAUAUCCCCCAUCUUGGAGAGACACUUGGUCUGCAGCGACGUCAGCACAGUAGAUAUAUUGGCCUCAGUUCUCCCUUUGACUCUCUACUCGUUGGCCUUUCCCACUUUGAUGCCCGCAACGAAUCUCCUACAGACCUUGGUACUUUGAGAAGAGUCAAUGACCAUGAAUGUUUCAUCAUGCUGCCCGAUGAGAAUACACACGAGUACGUCGAUGAGGCGGAGACUCUGGCCCAAGUCGAGCAGUGUGUUGGCGGUCACGGUCAGGCUCUGCUUGAGCUGUACUUCCGCAUAGUUCACCCCAGCUUCCCAAUCAUCCAGAAACACCUCUUCAUCGGGCGGUAUCGGAAUGGCGAUCGUUCCUUCACGCCUGCUCUCAUUGCUGGCAUGUAUAUCCUGGCUCUUAACUGGUGGUCAUUAGAUCCCAGGUUGGCGCAUCUUCCGAAGCCAGACAUUGCUCGUUUGGAAGCGAUAGCGAUGAGUUCGUUGUCAAGGUCCAUGGAGAAGCCGAAGUUGUCGACUGUCCAGGCAGGCCUGCUAUUGUUGCAGCGUCCGGAAGCGGACAAUUGGAGCCUAACGACACAGCUGGUAGCUAUCGGCCAAGAGCUUGGUCUGCAUCUGGAUUGCUCCGGAUGGUCGAUUCCUAUGUGGGAAGGUGGUCUGAGGAAACGUAUCGCGUGGGCGUUAUACAUGCAGGACAAGUGGAGUUCACUUAUCCAUGGCCGACCGUCGCACAUCUUCAGCGCCAACUGGGCUGUUCAGCCCAUCACGGAUGAAGACUUCAAGGAAGAGGGUGAUGGUUACGAAACCCGAGCUGAAGAAAAUGAAGACGAACAAGAGGAGAUCCUACGUGGUCAGACUCUGUUCGCGCAGAUGAUUGGUCUAACACAGAUCAUGGCCGAGGUGAUGGACACUUUCUAUACGCAAGUCGCGAUCCAGGACUUCAAGAAUGCCGGCAAGAACUCGACACAGUUAAUCCUCCAGCGCGCGAAGCCUGUGCAGAUCAAAUUGCGACAAUGGCACGAGAGGCUCCCAGCCAACGUGAAGAUGAAUGCGGCAACCAAGAGCAAGUUCUCUUCAUUGGGUUAUUUGCACCUCGCCUACUUCGCCACCGAGAUUACGCUUCAUCGGCGCAUCGUGCAAUCACUUGCCCCAGAUCAUGACCCUUACGGUUUCUUCAUGAUCCGCAACGCCGCAAAGACGCGUCUCAUUUCCGCUAUGGAUUUCGUCAACCGCUUGCGGCCUGAACAUCUCCAGUCUUUCUGGUAUUUCGCAUCUAAGAUCAAUUUCACCCUUAUCGGCACUUUCGGCUCGCUCCUUUGGGUAACUGCUCCCGCUCAGGAAGAGGCAGAGUUUUACAAGACACGCUUGCGCGAGUAUCGCUGGACACUCAGCGUGAGCAGCAAUCGCGCGCAAUUCCUCGAUUACGCCGUCAGCAUGCUGGACGCUAGUCGCGGUAUGUUGAAUAACUUGGCAGAGAAGCCAUCGCUUGCGCAACAGAUCAGCAGCGCGGGUGUACCUGCUGCACCGAAGCGGAACCCGAAUGGCGUGGGGUUCCAGCAGAACAAUGGGGACGGGAGCCCAAUGGAGGGCCAGAUGUAUGGUUCGCCAGAGCUGCGACGGAUGCACAGCGGCGAGAGCUUCCACGGCUUCUGCAGUGGACCGAACAGCGGGAUGAAUUCCCUUGAAGGAAGUGUACAGGGCGAUGCGUAA